UUUAUGACAGAAUGGCAACGAUGUUGACUGCCUCACAUUCCCCAGCACCGGUCUCCACCGCUGAGAGCAUGUUCUGGCUGUUCCAAUCUCUCCUGCUUGUCUUCUGCCUUGGCCCAGAUGGAAACUUGUCAAACUUUAAUGUGCAUGUAAAUUGCUUGGGGAUCUUAUUAAAAUGCUGAUUCUGGGAUGCAGACUAAGAUUCUGCAUUGCUAACAAGCUCCGCGGUGACAACUAUGCUGCCUGUCCAUGGACCACACUUUUAAUAGGCAUGUAGUUUCACGAAACAGCUCAACUCCAUUGACAGUGAAUGGAGUUCUAGGGGAGUCGGUAACUCUUGCCUUGAAGUUUCCUGAAGGAAAGAAGGUCGAUUCCAUCACCUGGCUUUGCAGUGGAACUUCUAUUGCCUUCAUAAAGCCAGAUGAAGCCAAAAGUCCAACCAUCCAUGUGACCAAUCCAAAAUGGGGAAAGCGACUGAGCUUCACCUCGUCCUACUCCUUGCAUCUCAGCAACCUGACGAUGACAGACACAGGAUCUUACAGUGGCCAGAUGACCACAGGGACCUCUAUAACACUUUCCAGCUAUACUCUGAGGGUCUUCGAAAAAUUGAGGAACAUACACAUUACCAGCCACAGUGUACUAUCUGGGAAUAGGACCUGCGAGAUCCGCCUGACCUGCUCUGUGGAGAAUCCAAAUGGCAAUGUCUCAUUCAGGUGGCAGGCCUCAGGAAACAUACUUCUAAGUGAACCAAACCUCACUAUCUCCUGGGACCCCCAAAAUUCCAGUGAACAAAACUACACCUGCGUAGCUCAGAACCCCGUUGGCAAUUUAUCCUCCUCUGUCUCUGCCCAGAACCUCUGCAAAGGUGUUAAGAAAAAUCCACACCCAGAUAUCAUAUGGCUUAUGAUUGUGGCUCCAGGGAUAUGCAUAGUCUUCAUUGUGCUGUUUUUAUAUGUUUGGAGAAAAAAAAGAGGUUCCCAUUAUUUGUCUCCAUGGCAAGGCCAGGGUCCGGCAGAGUCCACAAGGAACACAGAGAAUGUUUCAGUCUCUCCAGCCAGCAGCACUGUGUAUGCUUCAGUCACUCAUCCCAACAGGGAAACAGAAAUCCCAACACCUAUGAAAAACAAUGAUUCUGUCACAAUUUACUCCACAGUUAAUCAUUCCAAAGAGAAUAAACCCACUUCUCCCAGGGCAACUGCCCUUGACAACGUUAUGUAAGUUGCUGAAAGGUCUCAAAGGAAUUCGGGAAUGAUAUAUCUUCUCCUGAUCCCAUGGAGAGGACAAAGAGCAGGAAGCUUGAGUUUGUGCCUGGCAACAGAAUCUGAAUAUCUAGGAUAUCACCUCCAGUCCUUCAGACUUGAACCUGCUUGCCUAGGUCAUAUACCUAAGGAUAACAUCAUUUCCAGCACGCGAUCCAAAUAUUUUCCAGUUCACUCUGGACCAAAACAUGCUUCAGAUAUCACAACUGAGUAUUGACUUUCUCUUUGGUAACUGAGCAAAUGGAAUUAUGGUUGACAGAGAGAUUAUGGAUUUCGGAUUUUUGGAUUUGGUAUGCUCAAUUUGUACAACGUUUACUAGACAUAUCACCUGGGACAUAUUACCUAAUCUCUUGGAGCUUUUGUCUCCUAGACUGGAAAAGUGGGAGGAUGGUAAUACAUUAGCUCCGUUGCUCAAGCCAAGAAUCUAAGUCAUCCUUGACUCCAGCUUCUCUAUCACCAGGCCCUUUGGACUCUACCUCAAAAAUAUAUCCUGGACCUAUCUAUCCACUUCUCUCCAACUCCUUGACCACCAUCCUUUAUUCAGCCAUCACCACCUGGAACCUGGAACCUAUAACAACCUUGGAACUGCUCUCCCCAGUUUUGCUCUUGGCCCCUUUCAAUCAAUUCUCCACAAGAUAGUCAGAGUAAUGUUUUUAAUAGAAAGCAGAUCUUUGACUUGCCAGCUAAAGCCCUGCAGACUUCCCAUUGCACUCAGAAUGAAAUCCAGUCUGCAUGACCCUGGAUAGUCUGACCAAUCUCCAGCCUCAACUAGCAUCACUUUCCCCACACCCUCUCUAUUUAGCCUGCUUGAUCGUCUUUCAGCUCCUCUGUUAGAGGAAAAGGUUCUCUAUAUUAAAGUCAUUUACAUCUGCCUGAAGGCCCUUCCUCUGCCUCCUGGGUUCCUCUUUAUUCUUUAUUCAUAGCUUAAAUAUGUAACCUCUUAAGGGAGACUUUCCCAGACUUCUCUACCUAAAAUGGAUCCUCUUAUUAUUCUGUCACAUCUUCCAUGUCAUUUAUCAUUAAAUGACAUUAAAUAUUUAUUUUUAUUUUUUAAUGUCUAUUUCUCCCACUAUUUAGAAAUGAUGACUGUUUUGUUUAUCAUUGUAACCCUAGCACCUAGCAUAAUAUCUAGCAUGUUGCAAAUGUUCAAUAAAUAUUUUUUAAUA